CGGCUGGCGCAUCCAGGCCCAAACUCCUGUUCUCUCGGGAGUCAGCACCCUCGAACUCCAAGAGGAAGGACCCAGAGGGGACACGAUGUGAACAGGGGUCUGGACUCUGCGCUGGGGUGCAGGCGUUGCUGCGUCCGACCUGGAGCCACCGGGCUGAGCUCCGGAGCCAGUGCCCCUCCCAUCCUCCAAAGCUUUAUCCACCACAUUUCUCCUCUGCCUGUUUGGCUUUCCAGGCCUUGGCAAAGGUUUCAAAACCUUAUUUUGCAGUCUAGACAGACGAGAUCACCAGCACUCUAAGGACACUUUGCUGCAGAGAAGUGGCAAAAUCUUCACCCCAAGGGCACCUCUGGAAACUCUGGGACCAGGCAUCUCCCUGUUUCCCGGUUUCCUGACUGCUGGGACCACAGAGAGGUGCCCCAGAGCUGGCCCUCCUGCCUCUGCCACAGCCUCAUCAGUUUCCUGGGCUUCUUGCUGCUGCUGCUGACCUUCCCCAUUUCUGGCUGGUUUGCCCUCAAGUGGCUGUGUGGUUUUUGAGCAUGAGCCUUGGUUUUCUCAUCUAAGAACAGGACUAAGGAUACACUCUGACCAGAUUGUGCCCACCUACGAGCGGAUGAUUGUGUUCCGACUGGGCCGCAUCCGCAACCCCCAGGGGCCUGGCAUGGUCCUGCUCCUGCCCUUCAUUGACUCCUUUCAGAGGGUGGAUCUGAGGACGCGCGCCUUCAACGUCCCUCCCUGCAAGCUGGCCUCUAAGGACGGGGCGGUGCUGUCUGUGGGGGCCGAUGUCCAGUUCCGCAUCUGGGACCCGGUGCUGUCGGUGAUGACUGUGAAGGAUCUGAACACUGCCACGCGCAUGACGGCCCAGAAUGCCAUGACCAAGGCCCUGCUCAAGAGGCCACUGCGGGAGAUCCAGAUGGAGAAGCUCAAGAUCGGCGACCAGCUCCUGCUGGAGAUUAAUGAUGUGACCAGGGCCUGGGGGCUGGAGGUGGACCGCGUGGAGCUGUCAGUGGAGGCUGUGCUCCAGCCGCCGCAGGAGGGCCCGGCUGGGCACAGCCUGGACAGCACCCUUCAGCAGCUGGCCCUCCACUUCCUUGGGGGAGGCAUGUCCUCAGUGGCAGGAAGUGCCCCGUCCCUGGGCCCAGCAGACACGCUGGAGAUGGUGAAUGAAGUUGAGCAACCUGCCCCGCACGUCAGUGCUAGGCCCAGCCCGAAGCAGCCCGUGGCCGAGGGGCUGCUGACCACUCUACAGCCCUUCCUGUCUGAGGCCCUGGUCAGCCAGGUCCGGGCCUGCUACCAGUUCAACGUUGCCAUGCCUGGUGGCACCCAGAGCAUCUACUUCCUGGACCUCACCACAGGGCGAGGGAAGGUUGGACACGGGGUGCCUGACAGCAUCCCUGACGUGGUGGUGGAGAUGUCCGAGGCAGACCUGCAGGCCCUGCUGUCCAGGGAGCUGCGGCCCCUGGGGGCCUACAUGAGUGGGCGGCUGAGGGUGAAGGGAGACCUGGCUGUGGCCAUGAAGCUGGAGGCUGUCCUCAGGGCCCUGAAGUAGCAGCCUUGGCUGGCUUCCCAUAGCCCAGCUCUGAGCCUGGCACCAAGCCAGGAGGGCCUCUUGGAGGAGGAGGCAGUGCUGCACCUUGGAGAGUUGAGGCCUUAAGGCAUUUCGGGCCCAGCCAGGAGCCAAUGGAUGGAGGCUGGGAGACACCAGAGGCCGACAGAGACCGAGUCAUGUGCCCUGCCCUUCUCACCUGCAGGGAUUCUGUGGACAAGCCGUUGGCCAUCCCCAUUCCCUACCGAGUGCCCAGACCUGAGCUGGGUACACUGUGUGGGAGACAGAAGGAGAGAGCUGGGCUCACUCUACUCUGCUGGCUGCUUAGCUGAAGAAGCAGGACCCACAGGAAUGGCCUGACAGCAGCUGACUUGAUUCCUGCAUGAGGGACCAAAGUGUGCAGCUUGGGCUCUGAAUCCUGGGAGAGCUUCAAAGGGAGGAAGCAGAGAGGGUGGGGGAGGGAGAGGGAAGGCUGCCUCCAGUAAGAGGUGGUCACUGCAGCGGGAUCAGGGCGGGACCUGCCUUCUGCCUUCCGGGUUACUGUCCAGGCCUAGGCUAAGGGGGGUGAGGGGGUGAGAGCGGGCUGCUGCUCCCCUGGCCUGGCUCCUGAAGCCAUCCUGUCUGGCAGCUCUGUUUUGCAUGUGUGAUGGGCUGGGGCCCAGGGCAGCAUGAAGUGGAGCCCUACUGCCCCUGUGCUUCUCACCAGAUGUAUGAAAAUCUCAAAAAGAAAUAAAUAUGGUAUUUACAAUCAA